AGUCUAGCGUGUCUCCCAACUUCCCCAUUUCCUCAGGAACGCAUUAGUCUCACACCUCGAAAAUCGCUCCGUCUUUCCUCCCCACAGGCCUCUCAGGCUGCGCCGAGCCCGCAGAAGUCACCCGCAGUCUGCAGUCCUCGAGCCGCGGCCGCCGGCUCCCCCCACGGCUUUGGGAGCAUGGUCGCGUCCGGCCGCCGACCGUGAGGCGCGUCCGCGUCGUCCUGGCAACAGCUCGGAGCGGGGGCUGCGGCCGGCCGAAUCUCGCCCCGGGAGCCGUCUGCAGUAUGAUUAUGCUGCUACUGUUUUCAUCCCAGGAAAUGACCUUUGGCUCUAACAAGAAGACUUCAUUUUUCACGAUAAAAUGGCAGUGGUGAAUACCCCAAGCAGCGAGCUAAAGAAUGCCAAAGAAUCAUUUAGUAAGGUAUCACCCCUCCUUUUGAGGAACCUAGUGGAGGAGCCCAAGAAAAGAACAGAAGUACCUAAUCACCUCCUAGAAUCAAAGGUUUAUGCAAAACUUCUGAAUAAUAAGAUCAUAGAGGCAAAACCUGGCAUAUUGCAUUUUGGAGGCUAUGAAGUAGAAAAACAGCACCAACAGGUUCUGGAUCUGGUCAAUGUUUCCGGUGAAGACAUACAUGUUCAUAUUUUACCCCCACAAACCAAGUACUUUCAGAUCCAGUAUGUGAAAAAAGAACACCGCCUGGUCCCUGGCUUGUCCCUCACAGUCACUGUUAUAUUUUCUCCAGAUGAGUGGCGCUACUAUUAUGAUUGCAUCCGUGUUCACUGUAAGGGGGAUGACACUUUGCUGAUUCCCAUCCAUGCCUACCCUGUCAUGAAUACCCUGGAUUUUCCCUCAUUUAUAAGUCUAUCAAAUGUUCUCCUGGGGGAAAGCAAGAGUUACGUUAUUCCUUUGCAAUGCAGCUGCCCUGUAGAUUUUGAGUUUCACGUGACUUUGAUUCAGGCACAUCAAGCCUUUACUAUUGAGCCAACAUCAGGAAUAAUUCCAGCUAAUGGGAAGGUGAAUGUGACUGUCAAGUUUACACCAUUUCAGUAUGGGACUGCACAGAUCAAAGUGCAGUUAUGGAUUUCCCAGUUCAACUCCCAGCCUUACGAGUGUGUGUUCACGGGGACGUGCUACCCCAGCAUGGCUUUAAAAGUAGAAGAAUUUGAAAGAUUAAAUACUCUUUCUAAGAAAGUAAACGUCCCUCCAGAAAAGACAAUGACACGUAUCAAUUUUCAGAGACUACCAGUGAAGGCAAAGCCUCAAAAGAUGAAGGAAAUUGAAUACCAGAACUUGAGAUUUCCAGUAGAUUUAUCAAAUCCAUUUGCCGUGGCAACUGUUUUAAACCAAGAACCAGGAAAACUGAAGAUCAAAGAAUUAAGAGAAGUUUUGGACCAAGGCAAUGAGAUUUCCAAAACGAGACAAAUGAAGGAAGCUCUCUUUGAACAGAAAGUCAGACAGGACACUUGUGAAGAAGUCGAAAAUCACCUUAAGUGGCAGGUGCACCUUGGUAAAGAUCCCAUAUCUUUUAAAUUAAAAAGAGAGCUUAUUGAAGAACAUCAAAGAGCAUGCACAAAAUACAAGUUAGAUCGAGGAGAUCCCAUUGAAAACGAGGAAUUUCAGCGGCUCCAGACAGAAGUUAGCCACAAACGGGUCGUUCGCAAUCUAGACGACAAAAUCGAGGAAUUUCAUCCCAGUUUUGAUCCACUCAUCAACAAUACCUGGGCCAACAGGUUCAGAGCACUAAGGCGAUUUCAGCAAGUAGCACGCAAGGUCAUGGUUCAUCGACGAUUACUCAGUAUGCUGGAUGCUGUUCGUGAAAUGGACAGAGAGGCCAUAAAGCAGCAAUUCAGUCAAGAGAAAAAAUCGCUGUUAGAAGAGAAAUCCUCCAAGUACCUCUUUCUGCCUGGGAUCAGCCAAAACGGUUAUUCUUCCCGGUUCUCUGUGACACCCAGUGAAGUGCUGCCCUUCGCCUUCCCAUCCUACAGUCCUCCUCAGGCCUUCGACGAAUUGGCACCUGACGGCCUUGGACUGGUCCCAAUUAAAUCUUCAGAAGUUCAAAUCAAGCAGUCCUAUUCGUUCCUCAAUUUGCAGGUUCCUCAACAGUACAAAAUCAUGGGGUAUAAACCCUUCUCUGUCCAGGAGUCUUCAACAAGUUACAAACCUGAAAAGCUUGCUCGAACCCUGAAACAAGGAGCUGAGGAUGAAGUCACCACCAUCAUAGUCCUUCCGAAACAGGACUCCACAACUCAGCCCUCUGGAAAGACCUCAGUCUUGAACAUGAAGCCGCCUGAAGCCUUGGCCAGAUCUCCAGAGUAUGAUCCACUUUAUAUUUUUAAUCCCAGCCCACGAUUGUUUGCUGUGAUGCACCCUCUGACCUACCCAGAAACCAUAAUAGAUUACCACCUCUGCCCUCACCCCAAGUACAAGUUCACCAGAGAGCUCCAUGAAGGCUCCAGCAUUCCUUUCACCCAAAAGCAGUUUCUCCAUCACACGGAUAUUAUUCCUGGCAUAAUGCACUGGAAGAAGUUCCAGUCACUGGUCCUGUCAUCCCUGCCCGACACUUCUAAGACGGAGACAACACGGAGCUGUGAUUCCUUCAACACAGUUAUGCUUCCUGUAGAUGUCCCUGCUGUUGUGCAUGGCUUACCAGAAGAAGACAGACUGGAAAUCAUGGAACGUGAGUUCUGUGAACAGGAUAUAGACAUUAUGUUGACUCCAGAAAUGAUUCAGGUGGAAUUCCCAAUGUUGGACCACAAAGACUCCAAGAAGGAGAAAGAGGUGAGAGAGCAAGCCCAGCUACCUGAGAAGGCGGGAGAAAAGGUGCUGGAGGAGAUGAAGAAUCUGCGGGGGAAAGCGCUCAACCCAUACCUGCUCCUGGUGUAAAGCCCACCACCAGUCACUUCCUCUCGUUCACGUUCUGUGCGACACUGCUGUCCGUUCAAGUUCCUAGAGAAAAGAAAUGUGGAUAUUACAUUUUUAAAGUAUAAUUUGUCUUUUUAAAAAUAAAAUGUCAUUAAUAUGAUGGCAACGUUUGAAGCUUCUUGGUGCAAGGCUUAGUGCCAGAACAAAAACUGCCUGAGAAAGGUGAGAGCCGCUGUGAUUAGGGGCUAGGAGCCAGUCCUGACAGCUCAUCCUGAGAGUGGUUUGGAGGUGUGGGGCCCAGGGCUGGAGGCGGGAUGGGUUUGGGGAAGAAUCCCUUCUCCCCCUUGGCUCCCUGAGCACUGCAGACUUUGGCUUUGACAGCCACUCCCAGAAAGAACAGCGUUGGCAUGUUCAUUGGCACCCCAGGUAGCUAGGCCUGUGGCAGACUGGUGAGAGGGCACUGAGACUGGGGAGACAUUGUGGGGCAGCUAGAGUUUGCAGGCUAGCUUGGGAGCCUUUGCACAU